UCAGCCCUAUAGUUUCUGCCCUUGUCUCUGCCUCCAGCUCCUUAAGAGCCACCCAGCCCCAGCGAUUGGAUUGGGCAGCCCGUCUUGACACACCACUGUGCUGAGUGCUUGAGGACGUGUUUCAACAGAUGGUUGGGGUUAGUGUGUGUCAUCACACUCGAGUGGGGAUUAGGGGAGAGAGGCAGCCUUGCUGGAGCUGUGUGGUCUUCCCCAAGUGUGCGCUGCGAGCAAAAGAAGAACUACCUAGCUCUGGGGGAGAAGAGGGAGGAAUCCUUUCCAGCAGCUCAGAGGGAAAAAUAAAGCCCCACACUUUGUUCAGAUCUUCACACUAACUCUCACAUACCUGUGGUGCUUAUGAAUUAUUGGCCUCCUACUUGUGAAAGAAAUCUAACACUAUCCUCACCACUUACAGAAAAAAAAAUAAAGACUGAUCUGGAGAAGAGUGGAAAAACAAUGACAAUAUAUCUUUCUUGCAUAAGAAAAAGGUUUUGCCUACAAUAAUUUCACUGAGCAAGACAUUACAGACUUCUGUCCAAUGCUAUGAAAAUUAACUAAGGCAUAUUAACUGCAGGAAAUCUUCCAAGGACCAAAGGCAUGCCAUGUGGAACAGAUUCUGAAAGUUCUGUGGACACAAAGAAAUCUGUUGCCUGUGACCCCAGAGAAAAUUGGGACAUUUGAUGAGAAGCAGUCUUGCAAUAUGCAGUGCCUGAAGGCAAACCCCGAACUGUGAAAUUGAAAGUACCUGUAUGUGCACUUGAAAGAUGAAGAAAGUCUUUCCACAGGCAUUUUCACUUGGAUGUGACUACUGGAAUGCUCCUGGCAUGGGAGUGAAGCCACAUGGAGAUGACUUCCUGAUCUUCCUAGCGGUGGGAUAGCUGCAGGUCACUCCAGGAAUCCCCCACACAGGACAGAGAAACAAGCUGUAAUGAACAGUUCUGGAGACUUUGAAGCACAGCCACAGCGCUGAGGUCUUUGACUGACAAGCCUUCAGCUCUCUCCUUCUUAUAGGGCUCCUCCUACAGAUGUUCUGAACACGUCUGCAUCCCAGCAAUUUUUUACUGCGCCCAGGUCUUGAAAACUAGAGUUCAGGCACUUCUGGAUCGCUCUUUUCAUUGAAAUACUGGAAAUACUAUGAAGUCCUCCUUGUUUGCACUCCUCUUGGCAGUGCUCAGUACUGAACUGCUGACAAGUCACUGUUCCCCUGUCAAGUCCCCAAGGUUCAGAGGACGUGUGCAGCAGGAGAGAAAAAAUAUCAGACCAAAUAUCAUCCUUGUACUCACAGAUGACCAAGAUGUGGAGCUAGGGUCCUUACAAGUGAUGAACAAAACCAGGCGGAUUAUGGAGAAUGGAGGGGCCUCUUUUAUCAAUGCAUUUGUAACCACCCCGAUGUGCUGCCCAUCACGUUCCUCCAUGCUGACUGGGAAGUACGUGCACAACCACAACAUCUACACCAACAACGAAAACUGCUCUUCUCCCUCCUGGCAGGCUACUCACGAGCCCCGCACCUUUGCUGUGUAUCUCAAUAACACUGGGUACAGAACAGCUUUUUUUGGGAAAUACCUCAAUGAAUACAAUGGCAGCUACAUCCCUCCCGGGUGGAGAGAGUGGGUUGGAUUAGUGAAGAACUCUCGCUUCUAUAAUUACACCAUUUCUCGCAAUGGUAACAAAGAGAAGCAUGGAUUUGAUUAUGCAAAGGACUACUUCACAGACCUAAUCACUAACGAGAGCAUUAAUUACUUCAGAAUGUCUAAGAGGAUAUAUCCCCAUAGGCCCAUAAUGAUGGUCAUCAGCCAUGCUGCACCCCAUGGCCCCGAGGACUCUGCACCACAGUUCUCAGAGCUCUACCCCAACGCUUCACAGCAUAUCACUCCCAGCUAUAACUAUGCACCAAACAUGGAUAAGCACUGGAUCAUGCAGUACACAGGGCCCAUGCUGCCUAUCCACAUGGAGUUUACAAACGUCUUGCAACGCAAGAGACUUCAGACCCUGAUGUCAGUUGACGACUCUAUGGAAAGAUUAUACCGAAUGCUUAUGGAGAUGGGAGAACUGGAGAACACCUACAUUAUUUACACUGCUGACCAUGGUUACCAUAUUGGGCAGUUUGGACUGGUCAAGGGGAAGUCAAUGCCAUAUGACUUUGAUAUUCGAGUUCCUUUCUUUAUUCGUGGUCCAAGUGUAGAGCCAGGAUCAAUAGUGCCUCAGAUAGUUCUGAAUAUUGAUCUUGCUCCAACAAUUCUGGAUAUUGCAGGACUUGACACUCCUCCAGAUAUGGAUGGCAAAUCUGUCCUAAAGCUUCUAGACCUGGAGAGACCAGGAAACAGGUUUCGAACAAACAAGAAGACCAAAAUCUGGCGUGACACAUUUCUGGUGGAAAGAGGAAAAUUUCUACGAAAGAAGGAGGAAACCAAUAAAAACGCUCAGCAGUCUAAUCAACUUCCAAAAUAUGAGAGAGUAAAAGAAUUAUGCCAACAAGCAAGAUACCAAACAGCCUGUGAACAGCCAGGACAGAAGUGGCAGUGCACAGAGGAUGCCUCUGGCAAGCUUCGAAUUCACAAGUGUAAGGUAUCUAGUGACAUACUUGCCAUCAGGAAGAGGACCCGCAGCAUCCACUCCCGGGGAUACAGUGGUAAAGACAAAGACUGCAACUGUGGAGACACUGAUUACCGAAACAGCAGGACCCAAAGAAAAAAUCAAAGACAGUUCCUGAGAAACCCUAACGCGCAAAAAUACAAACCACGAUUUGUUCACACUCGCCAAACACGAUCCUUGUCUGUGGAAUUUGAAGGUGAAAUAUAUGACAUAAAUCUGGAAGAGGAAGAACUGCAGGUGCUAAAGACCAAAAGUAUCACCAAACGUCACAAUGCUGAAAAUGAGGAAGACGCAGAGGAAACCAAUGGUGCUCCUGGUGACACAAUGGUUGCUGAUGGCACUGAUGCUAUAGGUCAACCCAGUUCUGUCAGAGUCACACACAAAUGUUUUAUUCUUCCAAAUGACACUAUUCACUGUGAGAGGGAGCUGUACCAAUCUGCCAGAGCUUGGAAGGACCACAAGGCGUACAUUGACAAGGAGAUUGAAGCUCUCCAAGACAAAAUUAAGAAUUUGAGGGAAGUUAGAGGACACCUAAAAAGAAGAAAACCAGAUGAAUGUGACUGUAGUAAACAGAGCUACUACAACAAAGAGAAAGGGGUAAAGGCCCAAGAGAAAAUCAAGAGCCAUCUUCAUCCCUUCAAAGAAGCAGCACAGGAGGUAGAUGGCAAACUGCAGCUGUUCAAAGAGAAUCGCAGAAGGAAGAAGGAAAGGAAGGGGAAAAAGCGCCAGAAGAAAGGAGAUGAGUGCAGCCUUCCUGGACUGACAUGUUUUACCCAUGACAAUAAUCACUGGCAAACAGCACCUUUCUGGAACUUGGGCUCUUUCUGUGCUUGCACAAGCUCAAAUAACAACACUUACUGGUGUUUGCGAACAGUCAAUGACACCCACAAUUUUCUCUUCUGUGAGUUUGCAACUGGCUUCUUGGAAUAUUUUGAUAUGAACACCGAUCCCUAUCAGCUGACAAAUACUGUUCAUACAGUGGAAAGAGGCAUUUUGAAUCAAUUACAUGUACAGCUAAUGGAACUGCGAAGUUGUCAAGGUUACAAGCAGUGCAAUCCAAGGCCUAAGGGACUUGAAACAGGAAAUAAAGAUGGAGGAAGCUAUGAUCCACACAGAAAACAAAUUAUUUAUAAUUCAACUUCUGAAGAUGGUGCUCAUGGCCAUGCUGUGAUUUCAUUUCUCUUGUCUACUUCAGGAAAAGACGAAAGCAAGGCACUCUGUCGUAACUGUUCCACCAAAUCCAAAAAGCUUGUGUUGCUUCCUGUGAUAGGGAGUUAACCAAGUGUUUGUCAAGCCACUCUAGGCUGGCUCAGUAACUAGUACUUUUUUUUUUUUUUUCCAGCUAUGAUAAGUAUAAAAUGUACUACCAUUGCUACUUACAGACUCAAGUCUGUGCUUUUUAUGCAGACAUAUUGUCUGACAAAUCUGUUAGAUACUUUCUUUGAAAGCUUUUUAUUUUUUGUGGGAAAAAAAAACAUUUAGAAGAUACUCUAUGUAUAUUUUAAUAACAUUUUACAUAAUAGUACAGUCCUAUAAUUCACACCAAGUUUUUACAGUUUUUAUUUCUUGUACAUGCUCCGUGUAAAUUAAAAUGAAUGUUUACAGAGUAAAUAUAAAAGCUACCUUUGGCUAUCUUGUAUUAAAUAAAAUGUGGCUAGUUGUUUUGCAGACCUUAUGUCUCAAGCUAUUUCUACACCAAAUUCCUAUGGGCUUGUUGAAGUUCUGGUCAGCAAUGGCUUUCAGAAUCAGGCUGAGCUAUUAUGUUUAACCACUUUUUAUUCAUUGCAUCCUUUGGUGGAGUGUUUAGGAAAGGCAAAUGGAUUAUUUGUGUACUGAAGCAAGUGUUCUGCCUUGAACUAUCAGAGGGAAGAUUUGCCUUUAAAUGCCGUCACAAAGUCCCAUUAGGCCAGAUGCUACUCUAUUUUACUCAGUCGAAGGAUGCAGCAGAAGACAGGGGUUUUACCAGUGUGUGUUUAGCAGGAGCUGUGAACACACCUGAGGCCACAAUCAUUAAUGAGAUGACUGAAGAUGUGGAGCAUCUUAUGUUUUGACCUACAUAUGCUACGCAUGAUGGUGCUUUCAAGCAAAUGGAAGUAGAAAAGCACGUGGCAGCUUUGCUUACACUUUUACGCUGGUGUUCACCAUUAGGCUUUAUUCUUUCUUUUAACAGAGGACAGUUAUGGGAUGGAUGGGAAGGCUAACCUGGCCAAUUUCACUGACAACAUCAACUGGCAAGGACUGGAAGACUUGUACAGUGUGAAUGAAAGUUUAUAUGAAUACAGAUACAACUAUAGACUUAGUCUGGCUGACUGGACUAAUUACUUGAAGGAUGUAGAUAGAAUGUUUGCACUGCUGAACAGUUACUACCAGCAAAAUAAAACAGACAAGGCUAACACUGCUCAAAGCAAUGAGGAUGGGGACGAAUCAUCUACAUCAGCCUCGGCGGAAAUGACUUCUGCUGAAGAAUCAAGCGGCCUGACUGACGAACAGUUGCGGCUCAUUGUGCCAACAAACUUUGCAGCCCUAGCUUUGAGCACCGUGAAUUUAAGUCAGGAGAGGAAACUUGAAUUAAACAAUGAUAUUCCUGAGAAAAGUAGUUUGAAUGAUGCACACUGGAGAAAUAAUCAUCAAGCUGAAAAAUGGAGAGAGGAUAAAGAAUCAGACCGUUUUAAUAUGGAUUUCAGUGGGAACGGUUUGAUAGAGUUGGAGUCCCGGCAUAGCUUCAUGCUACAACGCAUCAGCAUUCCUCAGAAAGACACUCAUCAGGACAGUGACGCUAUGGAAGAUGUAUUUGGAGACCAAAUAUAUCUUCCUGUGAGGUCCAAUGAACCCCUUGUUCAUCAGGCUGUAAACGUAUCCAUUAGGGAUUCACCUAUCGGUACCCAGGAAAGAGGAACUUCCUUGAAAAAAAAGAAACAGAGUCUUACAGGGGAAACUUCACAAAUUCGAAAUGUAGAAGGCAGUGCCUCAUCUCCACUCUCCUUGGAUUAGAUCAAGUGGCAGACCAUUAAAAAAAUUCUCCUUUUUAUUAUUAGCAAACUAAUAAAGGUAAUCAUGACAACUGACAUUCCAUGUUCCUUGUAGAUACAUUUUGCAGCUAAAUUGAGACCAGUUCAGUAUUUGUCUACGUGUAUUUACUUCAUUCACGUGCACAUGCCUUCACAGUGAAUCUCCAUACUGGAAAAAGAGUUUUCCAGCAUUUUAAUGAAAAGAAACAGUGUUAACUUUCUAAAGCAGUAGCACAUUCUCUGUAAGCUAAUAUUAUGUCUUUGAAGAGGAUGUUCAAGUUAUUUUCUCUAUUUCCAAAUGAUCCCACCAUGAAUGAAUGUUUCAUUUCACCCAAUCUGUCUGCAUAAUGUAUUUUUGAUAAAUUAUUUUAACCACUGGAAAUUCUAAUGUCACACUUUUAAGUAAAAUAAUGUUGCACUUUUAAAAUCUGUAUGCCAUACCAUUUAUGAAUCUAAUAACUUACCUGUUCUUAGUUUGCUCAUUGUCUAAUGUAAUUGUGAAACCAAUAAAUAGAUUGACAGGAAAAAGGUAAUCAGCACGGAUUGUGGAAACAGAAUUAAUCUUAUUUUAGCAAAAAUAUUGCAUGUUUUUGUUACUUCAUUUUUAAUUAAAUUUACUCUCAGAAAGGUAUGGCUAAUAAUUCUUAACUGUAGGAGAAUUUGUUUAAAUUGGAUUGUUUCCCUAUAUAUUGAUUAUGUCAGUAUUAAAAAUACAUGAUUUUUUUUGACUUUUCUUUUUUUUCCUGAUACUGGUAGAAAGGUUUACAUACAUACAUGCUUUUGUCAGCACAUCUGAUUUUUACUGGCCUGAACAAUAUCUUGAAGUCAUUCUUUUCAUUUUGAUCUUGAAAUCAUCAUUUUCAUUUUGAUACUUAAAUUCUUAUUUUGUUUUGUUUCAAGAAGGCAUAAAAGGGAAUGAUAAAAUCAUGUUAGAUUUACAUUAUUCCAGAUACAAAAGGCAAAUGAGCUAAAAAGUUGUAGUUUAGAUAAUAUUUGUUGUUGUAUUGUUAUAAUUUUUUUCUCGAACUUUACCAUACAUUAAGUUUUAUAAAGUAUAAUUCAAAAAUUACUUUGAAAAUCUGUACUACUAGAAACUUAAUAUCUUCCCUUGCUUUUUUUUUUUUUUUAAUAAAUUUCUGAAUAAUUAGCGCAACAACAAAAAAAAAAGAGAGUUACCUCAAACAGGUGUAAUUCCAUAGUGUCCAAUUCAUGGGAGUGUUUCCUAUCUGUUAUGUUUCCUAGUGUAGCGAGUAUUUUUUGGUUAUUGCAAGCACUGCAAUUUAAACUUACAUUCACCACAUUGUAUUUUAAGUUGAAACUUUUUACAAAGGAGAUUCUUUUAGUAGGAUUUUAAUAAUUUUAAGAAGCAGUCUUUUUGAUGGACUCUGUACAUAUGUUAAAAUUAACUAGCUCUUUAUCUGAUGUAUGUGUUAUGGGCUGAUUGAUAGAACAAACGUAUUUAUGGUCAUGAAUGAUGCUAUUUGUACAUAGGUUUCAAGUUACUAGGAUACAGACUGUGUUUUUAAAUCUUGUAUAUUUCUGUGAUACUUUUAUAGAACAAUUCUGGCUUCGGGAAAGUCUAGAAGCAAUAUUUCUUGAAAUAAAAAGUGUUUUACUUUACCUGCUUCAGAGAAGUCCAGAUGAUCCAGCUUUCCUAGUAAUUAAGACUUAUUUUAAAAAUAUGUUUACAGUUCCAGUUUUAAGAAUCCAUCCACUUUCAAAGGAAUGGGUAAUGAAAUAACACACUACAUUCUGUUAGUUAUAAAUUAUUCCUGGAGAUUGUGAAUAAUAUAUAUUUUUUGUUUAAGA